AUGUUCAUUUUGAUAGUAGUCUUCUUCUUCCACAACAUUCCACUUCUCAUGGCAAAUUUCAUUGAUCCCAAGUGCUUUUGGAGAAUAAAUUUGAAUGAAGUCAGGGAUGAAGACUUGAGCAUAACUUGUUCCUUCAUCCUUGAAGCAGUUCAGAUGCCUGUGGAAAAAGAUUAUUUCAACCAGACUCUGAAUAUCCUAAAAACAAUGAAAAACCACAAAUACGCUAUGGCAUUGGCCUUUUCAAUUGAUGAAAUCAACAGGAAUCCCGAUCUUUUACCAAAUAUGUCUUUGAUCAUAAAAUACCCUUUGGGCCAUUGUGAUGGACAAACUGAAUUACUUACACCCUAUUUAUACAGUAAAAUAUAUUUUAGGCCUAUCCCUAAUUAUUUCUGUAAUGAAGAGAAUAUGUGUACAUUUCUGCUUACGGGACCGCAUUGGAGGACAUCUUAUCAUUUCUGGAUACACUUGAACAUCUUCUUAUCUCCUAGUUUCCUUCAGCUUACCUAUGGACCUUUCCAUUCCAUCUUCAGUGAUAGUGAACAAUUUCCAUAUCUCUAUCAGAUGGCCCCAAAGGACACAUCAGUAGCAUUGGCAAUGGUCUCCUUCCUACUUUACUUCAAGUGGAACUGGGUUGGCCUUUUCAUCACCGAUGAUGAUCAAGGCAACCAAUUUCUCUCUGAGUUGAAAAAAGAGAGCAAAAUCAAGGAAAUUUGCUUUGCCUUUGUGAGCAUGAUGUCAAUCCAUGAGGUUUCAUUCAGUCAAAAAACUGAAAUGUACUACAAACAAAUUGUGAUGUCAUCUGCAAAUGUUAUUAUCAUUUAUGGGGAAAUAGACAGUAUUAUUGAAUUGAGCUUCAGAAUGUGGGAAUCCCCAGUUAUCCAGAAGAUAUGGGUCACCACAAAAGAAAAGAAUUUUCCUACCAUUAAGAGAAAUUUAACUCAUGACACAUUCUAUGGGACUCUUAAUUUUUUACACCACCAUGGGGAAAUUUCAGGCUUUAAAAAUUUUGUACAGACAUGGUACCAUGUCAGAAGCACAGAUUUAUAUCUAGUAAUGCCAGAGUGGAAAUACUUUAACUAUGAAGCCUCAGCAUCUAACUGUAAAAUACUGGAGAACUAUUCAUCCAAUGCCUCACUGGAAUGGCUAUUGGAACAGAAGUUUGACAUGGCUUUUAGUGAUGGAAGUCAGAACAUAUAUAAUGCUGUCUAUGCCAUGGCUCAUGCACUCCAUGAGAUGAAUCUGCAACAGGUUGAUAAUCAAGCAAUAGACAAUGGGAAAGGAGCCAGUUCUCACUGCUUGAAGCUAAACUCCUUUCUGAGAAAGACCCACUUCACUAAUCCUCUUGGGGACAGAGUGAUUAUGAAAGAGAGAGAAAUCCUGCAAGAAGACUAUAACAUUUUUCACAUUUGGAAUUUCUCACAACACAUUGGUUUUAAGGUGAAGAUAGGAAAGUUCAGCCCAUAUUUUCCACAUGAUGGACACUUUCACCUAUAUGUAGACAUGAUUGAGUUGGCCACAGGAAGUAGAAAGAUGCCAUCCUCCGUGUGCACUGCAGAUUGUAGUUCUGGAUACAGAAGAUUCUGGAAGGAGGGAAUGGCAGCCUGCUGUUUUGUUUGCAGUCCCUGCCCUGAAAAUGCAAUUUCUAAUGAGACAAAUAUGGAUCAAUGUGUUAAUUGUCCAGAAUACCAAUAUGCCAACACAAAACGGAACAAAUGCAUUCAGAAAAAUGUGAUGUUUCUAAGCUAUGAAGACCCCUUGGGGUUGGUGCUUGCCAUAACAGUCUUUGUUUUCUCUGCAUUAACAGCUGUGGUUCUUUGGGUCUUUGUGAAGCACCAUGACACUCCUAUUGUGAAGGCAAAUAACAGAAUCCUCAGCUACAUAUUAAUCAUAUCACUCAUGUUCUGUUUUCUGUGCUCCUUUCUUUUUAUUGGCCAUCCUAACAUAACAACCUGUAUCUUACAGCAAAUCACAUUUGGAAUUGUAUUCACUGUGGCUGUUUCCACAAUUCUGGCCAAAACAAUCACUGUGGUUCUGGCUUUCAAAGUCACAAACCCAGGAAGAAGGCUGAGAAACUUCCUGGUAUUAGGAAUACCCAACUACAUAAUCCCCAUAUGUUCACUAUUGCAAUGUAUUCUGUGUGCAAUCUGGCUAGCAGUUUCUCCUCCUUUUGUUGAUAUUGAUGAACACACUGAGCGUGGCCACAUCAUCAUUAUGUGCAACAAAGGCUCAGUUACUGCAUUCUACUGUGUCCUGGGAUACUUGGCCUGCUUGGCACUUGCAAGCUUCACUGUGGCUUUCUUGGCAAAGAAUCUGCCAGACACAUUCAAUGAAGCCAAGUUCUUGACCUUCAGCAUGCUGGUGUUCUGCAGUGUCUGGGUCACCUUCCUCCCUGUCUACCACAGCACCAAGGGCAAGAUCAUGGUUGCUGUGGAGAUAUUCUCCAUUUUGGCAUCCAGUGCAGGGAUGCUUGGAUGCAUCUUUGCACCCAAGAUUUACAUCAUUUUAAUGAGACCAGAGAGAAAUUCUAUCCAAAAGAUAAGAGAGAAAUCAUAUUUCUGA